UUAAAUGGGUUUUGGCUUUGGUCACACUGUUUGACACACAACAUUGGCAUCUUAAAAAGUUAUUUUUUCCCACUUGUUUUUCUAUUUAUACUGAACAAAUUCAAAUUGGGGUCGACAAAAACCAUAAUCACAGCCAAUUUUCAAGCUGUAACUUCUGCAGGCCUUGGUUGCGUGCAGCGGCUUACCGCCAGAGUUCCGAAACAACGAAGGUCGAAAAGUCCGGCGAAAGUUGAGAACCACAUCUUUGCAAGCCUCCAGAAGUCGAAGCCUCGCGAUGAGUGCGCAGCCGAGUCCGCUAAUGAAUCCUCAGCAGCAGCAGCAGCAGAGCGAGCAGGAGAAGGUGUAUCAGUGGAUCAACGAGCUGGCCCAUCCUGACACGAGGGAGACCGCCCUGCUGGAGCUGAGCAAGAAACGGGAGACCGACCUAGCCCCCAUGCUGUGGAACAGCUUCGGGACCGCCUGCGCCCUGCUGCAGGAGAUAGUCAACAUAUAUCCCUCGAUUACGCCGCCCACCCUGACGGCACACCAGUCGAACCGCGUCUGCAACGCCCUGGCCCUGCUGCAGUGCGUCGCCUCGCAUCCGGAGACGCGCACGGCCUUCCUGCAGGCGCAGAUACCACUGUACUUGUACCCCUUCCUGUCGACCACGUCUAAGACCAGGCCAUUCGAGUAUCUGCGGCUGACCAGUCUCGGCGUCAUUGGAGCGUUGGUCAAGACCGACGAACAAGAGGUGAUCACCUUUCUGCUGACCACUGAGAUCGUGCCCCUCUGCCUCAGCAUAAUGGACAGCGGCUCGGAGCUGAGCAAGACAGUGGCGACUUUCAUCAUCCAGAAGAUACUGCUCGACGAGUCCGGCCUAUCGUACAUUUGCCAGACCUACGAACGCUUCUCGCACGUGGCCAUCACUUUGGGUAAAAUGGUCAUCCAGUUGUCGAAGGAUCCAUGCGCCCGUCUGCUCAAGCAUGUGGUGCGUUGCUAUCUACGCCUCUCAGACAACACUCGCGCUCGCAAAGCCCUGGGCCAGUGUCUCCCCGACCAACUGCGGGAUGGCACCUUCGCGCUGUGCCUGCAGGACGACAAGUCCACCAAGCAGUGGCUGCAAAUGCUACUCAAAAACCUGGAGCUGGGCGUCACCCCGCAACAGAUCGGAAUGUCGCCGCUGGGUUCCUAAAAGGUCGAUGCACACACUUCCGCGCUCUUUCAAGUAUCUUAGUAUCUUAGGCAUCUGCGAGGCCUCGGCAUCCAUGCGUUUUGCAAGCCCCAUCGAUGAGUGAGCCCCGUCUUCUAGUUAACUGCUCGACCGAAUAUAAAUAAUAAGCUUGCACGAGAUUGCCUGUGUAGCCUAAGCAGAGCUGUAAUAUAACUAUAUAUACCGUAAAGUAAUGUUAAAAGUAAGUUCAUCACUGAUAGCAAAUAAAGAACCUCAAGCAGAUGA